AUGUACAACCCAAAGACCUUCUCCGCACUACUGUGCCUGCUCCUCUCGGCUCCUGCGUCGGUCCUAUCGGCGCCCAUCUCCCAGACCCAAACCCUCGCCCAAAGACAUGUCCACGAAGACACCGACAUGGGCUUCAACUGGGGCGCCGGUAUCCCCGACGGUCCUGACUACAAUGACGCCGGCUCCCUUUCUGACUCAUCCGACGAAGGCGACGGAAGCGACGACUUUGGCUCCGGCGUGUCCCAUGAGACUGAUGCUGAACAUGGUACUACUAUCGGUAUCCCGGAUGGGCCCAGCUUCAACAUGGGGAAUCACUAUCAUCAUUCUUAUCAUGAGAGUGCGCCUAAGCCGGAGAAGGAGCCCGAGCCAACCCCGGAGCCCCAGCCGGAACCGCAGCCUGAGCCUGAGCCUGAACCUACGCCGACUCCAGCUCCCCCUGCCACUGAGCCUACUCCUCCUCCUCCCCCUCCGCCCGCUCCUGCUCCGCCCGCCCCGCCCCGCCUACCCAUGAGCCUCCUGCCCCUGCCCCUUCUCCUCCUGCUCCUGCCCCUGCCCCUCCUGCUCCUCCUGCCCCUCCUGCCCCUCCUGCCCCAGAGCCCCCUGUUGAAGAAGUGUGCGUUGUUCAAGAGCCGGAGCCGGAGCCGGAGCCUUGCUCGUGCGAGGGGCACUGAGCGUCUCGCGGUCUGCAUAUCAUGCCUCUAA